CCCCUUCCGUGUUUUGAGUUUUGGUUUAUUGGAUUGUUUAGGGUUUUCUUGUGGAUAUGGAGCAAGAGAGUCAGAAGAGAGAAGUCGAGAAAACCGGCUGCCAACCUCCAAGUGCUACUGUUCCUUGCGCUAAUAAUUGCGGUUUUUAUGGAACCGCUGCCACUAACAAUCUCUGCUCCAAAUGUUAUAAAGAGUUCUUUCUUAAGCAAGCUAAAGCAGCCGCAGCUGACCUAGUUGUUGCGGAGAAGAAGGUCGAUGAAACUGCGAUUGAAACAACGGUUCAGGAGGUUAAAGCUACUCCGAACGAGGAAGCUACCAGUUCCGAAGAUCCUGGGAAAUUACCGGCCAACCGCUGCAGCUCCUGCAGGAAGCGUGUGGGACUGACUGGCUUCAAGUGCCGAUGUGGGCAAACGUUUUGUUCUCUCCAUCGUUACUCUGACAAACACAAUUGCCUAUUCGAUUACAAAACUGCAGGCCAGGAUGUGAUCGCCAGAGCAAAUCCUGUUGUGAAGGCCGACAAGAUUGAGAAGAUCUGAAUUUCGAAAAGAGACCCUUACUUGGUGAAUUCAAAUUGCUGGGGCUAUGAUUUACUCUUUGUGGAGUGAUGAAAGGAGAUUCAAUUCAUGGAAGGACGCCAUAAGUGGUCUGAUAUUUCUGGAAAUAAAUAACUCUCUUGAUGAUUAUUUCUGUUUGGUAUGUACAGUUUGGUUUCAUUAUUGUGACCAAAUGCUACAGGAAGUUGUUGCUGGUCAUUGUUUAUUUUAGGAUUCCUUUUACUCUCUUAGAAAGUCCCAAGUUCUCAUCUUUUGUAUAUCUCUCCCAUGGACUAUCAAUUUAUUAGAGUUAUAACUUUA